GCCAACGGACCCGGAAGCGGAGAGCGCGGAGCGAAGGUCACAGGCGGAGCAUCGACCUCUAAAGACUCAUGUUGUCUGAGGAAGAAGCCCGGAAGAGGAGGAAGAGGAAAGAAAAGGAGUCAGGAAUGGCUCUUUCUCAGGGACAGUUGACCUUGGAGGAUGUGGCCAUCACGUUCUCUCAGGAGGAGUGGGAAUGCCUGGACCCUGGUCAGAGGGCCUUGUACAGGGACGUGAUGCUGGAGACCUACAGGAACCUGCUCUCCCUGGCUGUCUCUCAUAUACAUGUGAUCAAGAAAUUAAAACCAAAAGCGAACAGUGACACAGGAGAAAUAUUCCAAACAGUGAUGUUGGGAAGACGUGAAAGCCAUGAAAUCAGAGAUUUUCACUUCAGGGAGAUCCAGGAAAACAUGCAUGUGUUUGAGUGUCAGUGGAGAGAUGAUGAAAGAAAUUACAAAGGAAUGCCUGUAACCCAUAGUGAAAAUCUCACUGACAGAAAAGAUCCACAUGGUGGAAGGGAUACUGGAAACAAACUUACUGAAAAUAGGCUUACAUUAAGCUUGCAGGAUGAACUGCAGAUAUUUAAAAGUGCAGAGAAAUUUGAUGAAUUUAAUCAGGCUGACAAGAGUAUCAACAGUAGUACCUCAUUUUUACCACUUCAGACAAUUUCUUCUAUUGUCCAAACCAACAUUCCUAAUACAUAUAAGAAUGACUUUAUGCAUCCUUCAAUACUGACACAAGACCAGAAAGCAUACAAGAAAAAAUCUUACAAAUGUAAUGAGUGUGGCAAAACCUUUCCUUAUGGCUCAAACCUCAGUAGACAUCAGUUAAGCCAUACAGGAGAGAAACCAUAUAAUUGUGAUGUAUGUGGUAAGGUGUUUAGUCGAAAUUCACACCUUGCGUGUCAUCGGAGAAUUCAUACUGGAGAGAGACCUUACAAAUGUAAAGAGUGUGGCAAAGCCUUUAAUCAGCGCUCAAACCUCAGUCGACAUCAGGUCAUCCAUACAAGAGAGAAGGCAUAUGAAUGUGAUGUGUGUGGCAAGGUCUUCAGUCGAAAAUCAGUCCUUGGAAGUCAUCAGACGGUGCAUUUUGGAGAGAAAUCUUACACAUGUAAUGAGUGUGGCAAAGCCUUUAGGAAGCGUUCAAGCCUUACUCAGCAUAAGAGGAUCCAUACUGGAGAGAAGCCUUACCUAUGUGUUGAGUGUGGAAAGGCCUUUAGGAAGCAUUCAAAUCUUACGCAGCAUAAGAUAAUCCAUACUGGAGAGAAACCUUACAGAUGUAAUGAGUGUGGCAAAGCCUUCAGUGUGCACUCAGCCCUAAGGAACCAUCGGAUAAUCCACACAGGAGAGAAACCAUACAAAUGUGAUGUGUGUGGCAAGGUUUUUAGUCGAAAUUCAGUCCUUGCAAGUCAUCAGAGGCUGCAUACUGGGGAGAAACCUUACAAGUGUCAUGAGUGUGGGAAGUCAUUUAUUCAACGUUCACUCCUUUGGAUUCAUGAGAAAAUUCAUACUGGCGAGAAACCUUACAAAUGUAAUGAGUGUGGCAAAGCCUUUCCCGUGCGGUCAAUCCUUACCCAACACAUGAGAAUCCAUACUGGAGAGAAACCUUAUGUAUGUGUUGAGUGUGGCAAAGCCUUUACAAAACAUUCAAAUCUUACUCAACAUAAGACAAUCCAUACUGGAGAGAAACCGUACAAAUGUGAUGAGUGUGGCAGAGCUUUUACCCAAAUUUCAAGUCUUAGUAGGCAUCAGAGAAGGCAUACUGGAAAGAAACCAAAUAAAUGUAGUGUGUGUGUCAAGGCUUUGAUGCAACCUUCACAGCUUUGGGGUUAUGAGAGAACUCACACUGGAGAACACAAAUGCGAUUUAUGUGGCAAGGCUUUUAUCCAGCACUCAAGCCUUGAGGCACAUCAGAGGAUUCAUAGAGGAGAAAGACCUUAUAAAUGUAAUAAAUGCGAUAAGGCUUUUAUCCAGAAUUCACAACUUUGGCGUCACAAGAGAACUCAUAUUGGAGAGAAAUCUCAUAAAUGUAAUGAGUGUGGCAAAGCCUUUACAGAUAGUUCACAUCUUAAUCGACAUAAGAUAAUUCAUACUGGUGAGAAACCUUACAAAUGUCAUGAGUGUGGCAGAGCUUUUACCCAAUUUACAAACCUUGCUAGGCAUCAGAAAAUACAUAAUGAAAAGAAACAUUAUAAAGCUGAUACAUGUGGCAGUGCUUUUAUUAAAAGCUGAAGCUUUGGGGAUCAUUGGAGAAUUCAUAGUAGAAAGAAUAUAAAUACAAAUAUAAGGAUUGAGAUAAAACUUAUGCAGGUGGUCAAGCCUUAAAAUCAGAGACUCCAUCAAGGAGAGAAAUCAUAUAAAACUUAAGUAUGUGGCAAAGCUUGUAACUAGGCUUGUGGAACAUACCAGAAUUCUUUUUUUUUUUUUUUUUUCAUAACAGAAUUCUUACUAGAGAGAAACCUUCCAAAUGUAAUGACAGUGAUCAGCUUUGUCAGAAAUGUGUACCUUUGUGGUCAUGAAUGAAUUCACAUAAGAUAGAAACUGUACAAGUGUGUCAAGGCCUUUAAGCAGUGACCUCAGGAUACACCACAAAGAAUUCAUACCGGACAGAAACAUUACAAAUGUAACAAAGGUGAUAAAGUGUUCAACCACUGCUGUCAAUCGACUUACACAUAAGAAAAUUUAUACUGGGGAACUAAAUCUGCCAAUGGAGAAAGGACGUCUGUGGGAAAGUUUAUCUUCAGUUUGUGACAUUUUUUUAUUCAGUUAUUUGAGGUUUCUUGAAAAGGCUACAUUAUUGUUGAUGACCCGCAACCUGAAGUUAGAAACCUGUUGAUGUUGUAGUUUCAUUACAUGCUUUUCAUUUGUCACCAUGAUGGUCUCAGGGAAGGGAUCAGUAAGAUGAAAGGACCUACUUCUUGGGAAUUCCCUGGCAGUCCAGUGGUUAGGACUCCACACUCUCACUGCCAAGGACCCAGGUUCAGUCCCUGGUCAGGGAACUAAGAUCCCACAAGCUGCACUGCACCGCCAAAAAAAAAAAAAAAAAAAAGGACCUACUUCUUUAGGUGGGGUUUAUUCAUAUCCAUGUAACCUAGAAAAACUAAGACACAGUUUUAAGAUACAAUGUGAUAUAAAUUUGAGAGCCUGGGGAGUGACAGAAUAGAUGAACACUAAUAAUACAUUAUUUGGCUGUUUGGGUUGAAUGGCAUCUAUAACAAUCCAUGUUAGACUCAAACAACUUACAAUUUUGAAAAUGUAUAUUCAUAAUUUGCAUUUAGCUAUUCACUCCAUGGUGUAUCCUAGAUUAUUUCUGUGGCUAUAAUAAAAAUACAGUGAAAUUUCAGAUUCUCACACCCUAAUUACCUGCCUCCCCAUUCAUGGAUAUACACGAUAUGAUUAUAGUUUUGCCUGCCUUUUUGUGUGUGGAGGCCAAAAUUAGACCCGUGGAUUACACCUUUACGUGAAGUGAAAAUAGAAAUAUAGUAAGGAUACGAAAAAUAGAAGAAAAUAGAAGAAAUUUCAGAAGUAAAGAUAAAUAUAGCAGCCUAUUUUUUGUAAUUGGAGCACUCAGGGAAAUAAUUUGAAAGGAUUGGUGUUCAUGAGUUUCCUUUUAAGAAUGAACAUACACAAUGAGAAUUUUUUGGAUAGCUCAUAUAUUCACCCUGUAACACAUGUUUCGUUAGUUUGAACUUGUGCUAACUCUGCUGGAACAGGACAGAGCCCCACUCAAGUUUUGGAUGUCAGGACUAAUGAUUCCAUACACUAAAGUGUUUGCAUAUGAAUGUUUGUUACAUAAUGAGCCUUUCUGGGGAGAGCAGGGUAGACUUCCCAAGUUGUUCCAAGAAUGGCUACAGAGAGCAGAGAACGCUGAUGGGCUUGUGUUAUGGUGGAUACAGGACCAGGCUGGGGUGAUGGUACUUUAUUGUGGUGUGAACCUACAACUGCUGCCAAGGUUGGGAGCACUCGGGCUUUAUCUAAUCAGCCUGUCCUGCCCAGUUGGGCAGAAUCGGAAGAGGUUUUAGUGAGGCUUAAAGGUGUCAGUAGUCAGACAUCAAAAAUGGAAACAGACUCUUUUGUAUAAAACUGAACGUUUACACUUGAAACUCCUGAAUUCUUGGUUGGGAAAAGACCACAAUUUUCAUAAUGUGAUAACGUACUUGCUACAUUCCUUCUCCUGAUGCACACGUAGAUCCCAUUGCACAAUAUGAUUAUUGAAAAUGGUUGUGAAAUCCUAUUUACAUAAAUUGCCUAAGAUAUUUUCAUACUUGUUUCAUGAAAAUUAAUAUGUGGAAGUGUGUAUGAGACAGUACAUAAUGAUUCAGUAACUUUUCAUAAUAGCCAUUUUGGAAAGGCUAUAAAAAUCUAUUUGAAGUUACAGUAAUAAGCAAUAUGUUUCAUAGUUUCUAUACCGUAGUAACAUUCCAUUUUGUUAGUCAUAUUUAUCGUCUUUUUAAAAUACUGUUUAGCCCAAUUUGUAUAUUUAAUUUGUAUUUCCUUUUUAUUGAUUCAGUGAAAAAUCUGGAGGAUGCAUAAAUCAAGUUAUUUUCAGUUUUGUGUGGUAUGAAAAUGUACAUAGAGCAAUGACAGGUACAAAGCAUGUGUUAUAUAAACACAAAGAAAGAGGCCUCUCACGUUUUUAAUUUAGGUUGAGAGAAUUGAAAUGAUACAGGAUAACGAACUAAAGUCUCAGAAUGUGGAAGCAGGAGACUUGUUGCUAAUGUGCAGGUGCAUCACUGGAAUGUUUGGAAACUUGAUAUGUUAAUUUUACCUUACAGUGUAUCUCUCCAGUUCCUCCCCAUCUUGCCGUUAUUCCUGUCAUCGUCUUUUCCUUCCAUUAGUACAAUGGAAACUGGAACUCAUAUCCCCAACACCUUGUAGGCCGUGGGUAGUAUAAUAGAGCAGAUCUCUUUUCUGAGUUUGAUAUGGAGAUAUUAGAUUAUGUUUGUUUUGUUGAGAUAUAAUUUGCAUACGAUAGAAUUCACACUUUUUAAAUGCACAGUAUGGUAGGACUUGUAUAUUUACAAUGUCCAACCACAGUAUUUUCAUCAUUUAUCACUCCCCUUUAAAAAAAACAAAAACAAACCUGCACACUUUAGCAGUUAUUCCAUAUUCCAUCCCCAGCCACAAGGAAACAUUAAGUUAUCUUCUGUCUGCAUGAAUGUGGCUCUUUGGGGCAUUUCAUAUAAAUUAAGUCAUAUAACGUGGCCUUGUUUCUCUCUUCUUUCAGUUAGUUUACUGUCUACAAGGGUCAUCCAUAUUGUAACAUUUAUCAGUGCCUCAUAACUUUUUAUUGCUGAGUAGUAAUAUCCACAGUUUGAUUACCCAGUCAUCACUCGUUGGAGAGAUUCUUUACACAUUUUGGCUAUUAAGAAAAAUGCUUCUAUGGACACCAUUUACAAGAAGUCUUUGUGGAUAUGUGUUUUCCCUUCUCUCAGGUAUAUUUGUGUAAGAGGAAGUUCUGAUUGUGAUAUUGCGAUUUAUGACAUAUAGAUUUGGUCAUUCAGAUGAGUAAUGCAUUACUUCCGCUCACACCCUAUUUGGCGAAAGUGUUCUCAAGGCCUUGCCUAGCUGCACAGUGGCUGAGAAAUAAGGGGAACACAUAGCUCUUGAUGUGGAGCUAUUAAAAGAGCGAAGAAAGUCAUUAUGUUGGUGUAAUUACCAUGCAACUGUAUGUGGAAAUUAAAAUGAAUAAAAGUGAAAAAUA